UCCUCCUCCUGCCGCUCCUCCCGCCGCCCGGCCCGGCCCGGCUCCGCUCGCCAUGGGAGAUGUGGUCUCCACGCACCUGGACGAGGGUCGCCGCCAGCACAUCGCGGAGAAGACAGGGAAGGUGCUGGGGGAGUUCUGCAGGUGCUACAAGGAGCAGUACGGGGUAGCUCUGUUCAACAGCGUCCGCUAUGAGAUCGAGGGCAACGGGGGCCCGCAGGCUCAGCUGCUGCACCGUAAGGUCCCCCUGGAGGACCAUGUCAUCUACUCAGGCAACAUCUUCCAGUACAUCGAGGACAACAAGAAGUGGAGGAACCGCUUCUGCGUGGUGCCACACAACUACGGCCUGGUCCUCUACGAGAACAAACUGGCCUACGAGCGGGAGCUGCCACCCCGUGUGCUGGUCAACAGCGCCGGCUACAAAGUCCUCACCUCCGUGGACCAGUACCUGGAGCUGGUGAACAGCAGCCUGCCUGGUGUGACCCCCAAAUCGGGGCACUCGCCCAUCCUGAAGUGCCCUACGGAUUUCCCCCUCAUCCUCUGGCACCCCUAUGCCAGGCACUACUAUUUCUGUGUCAUGACGGGCAAGGAGCAGGACAAGUGGCGCGCGGUGUUCCAGGACUGCGUCCGGCACUGCAACAACGGGAUCUCUGAGGACUCCAAGGUGGAGGCUCCAGCCUUCACGGACGCCGUGCGGAUGUACCGCCAGUCCAAGGAGCAGUACGGCACCUGGGACAUGCUGUGCGGGAACGAGACCCAGGUCCUGAGCAACCUGGUGAUGGAGGAGCUGCUCCCCGAGCUCAGGAGCGCCAUCGGCCCGCGGCUGAAGGGGAAGGCUCCGGAGCGCCAGCGGACCUGGAUCCAGAUCUCAGAUGCCGUGUACAGGAUGGUCUACGAGCAGACCCACGCCCAGUACGAGGCUGCCAUGGCGCGGUGCGAGCAGGAGCGGCCCCAGCUGGAGAGCACCAUCCGCACCGACAUGGACCAGAUCAUCACCUCCAAGGAGCACCUGGCCAGCAAGAUCCGAGCCUUCGUGCUGCCCAAAGCAGAGGUCUGUGUCAGGAACCACGUCCAGCCCUACAUCUCCUCCAUCCUGGAGGCCCUGAUGACCCCCACGAGCCAGGGCUUUGCCGAGGUGAGGGAGGUGUUCUUCAAGGAGGUGACGGACAUGAACAUGAACGUCGUCAACGAGGGUGGCCUGGAGAAGCUGCCAGAGUACAUGGAGAAGCUGUCCCACCUGGCCUUCCACCCUGUGAAGAUGCAGUCGUGCUACGAGAAGAUGGACCAGCUGAAACUGGAGGGUCUCCAGCAGCGAUUCGAUGUCUCCAGCACGUCUGUCUUCAAGCAGAGGGCCCAGAUCCACAUGAGACAGCAAAUGGAUGAUGCCGUGCACACCUUCGAGACGCUGCUGCACCAGGAGCUGGGGAAGCUGCAGGGCAAGGACGACCUGUGCAAGUCCAUCCAGCGCAUCCUCGAAAGGGUGCUCAAGAAAUUUGACUACGACAGCAGCACCGUGAGGAAGAAGUUCUUCAGGGAGGCCCUGCUGCAGAUCACCAUCCCCUUCCUGCUGAAGAAGCUGGCACCCACCUGCAAGGGGGAACUGGCCAAGUUUCAGGAGCUGAUCUUUGAGGACUUUGCCAGCUUCAUCCUGGUGGAGAACACCUACGAGGAGGUGGUGCUGCAGUCGGUCAUGAAAGACAUCAUGCAAGCCGUGAAGGAGGCGGCGGUGCAGAGGAAGCACAACCUGUACCGGGACAGCAUGGUCAUGCACAACAGCGACCCCAACCUGCACCUGCUGGGCGAGGGCAUCCCCAUCGACUGGGGCGAGGAGUACCCGGGGCAGCCCGAGCCCGAGCCGGCCGGGCAGGGCGAUCGGCGCCGCAGGGCCAAGCAGGUGGUGUCGGUGAUCCAGGACGACGAGGGGGCCCUGCCCUACGAGAUGGGCAGCGAGGCGCUGCUGCAGCCCUGCUCCCCACAGCCCCGGGGGGAGGAUCCCGGAGCGCCCCCCGGCUCCCCGGAUGGGGUGAAGGAGAUCCGGGAGGCGCUGGCGCAGGAGAGCCUCGGGGACGGCGCUGGGCGGGAGGAGGAGGAGGAGGAGCAGCUGACGAACGGCAGAGAGAGCGGUGCCAGCGAGGAGGGGGUGGCAGGGCCUGUGCCAGGGGAUGUCACCCCCCGACGUCCUGCCAGGGAAGGGGACGGGAUGCAUCGCCCCUCACCGGCAUCGCCUGGAGCCGAGGCCCCGUCUGGGGCUGGGAUGAGACGUGUUGCACCAGCACCGCCUGUGCCCGGAGCUGAGGGCACACCAGGGGCUGGGGGGCGACGUCCUGCACCAGCAUCACCUGCCCCUGGAGCUGAUGUCCCACCAGGGGCUGGGGAACAACGUCCUGCACCAACAUCUCCUGUCCCUGGAGCUCAGAUCCCAUCAGGGGCUGGGGAACAACGUCCUGCACCAGCACCUCCUGUGUCCAGAGCUGAUAUCCCAUCAGGGGCUGGGGAACCAGCAUCUCCUGUCCCUGCACCAGCAUCUCCUGUCCCUGGAGCUGAUGUCCCAUCAGGGGCUGGGGAACAGCGUCCUGCACCAGCAUCUCCUGUGCCCAGGGCUGAUGUCCCAUCAGGGGCUGUUGUGCCACAGGCCACGCCAAGAUCAUCCUUGCUGUCAUCCCCUGUGCCCGGAGCCGAUGUCCCCUCAGGGGCUGAGGUGCCACAGGCCACACCAAGGUCAUCCGUGCCGGCAUCACCUGGAGUCAACGUCCCACCGGAGCCCAGCCUGCACCACGCUGCACCAGCAUCCCCCAAAGCCCGGGCCGAUGUCCCAGCAGAGGUGCCCCACGGCACACCAGCAUCAUCACCUGGCGCCGGGACAGCGUGUCACCAGCCCAGCGACCAGGAGACGGGCGAGGAUGUGACCCCUCCAGGCCCCCCGCAGCCCACGGGCACCACAGAGAGCGGUGAGGGGGUGCAGACUGAGUUCUAGCCCGGCCCCCCCCUGCUGUGGACUGGCCCCGGGGACGCUUGGGGUUGGGGAAAGGGGGGAAUAGGACCCCUGCCGGGGAUGGAGAGCAGCGCCGCGGGAGAGGGAGGGGAUGGGAACACCGAGACCUUACUGCCUUGCCGGGGGUCCCCGCUGCCGUGGGGGGGGCUGGCCACAGCCACCGGGUCGGACUAGGGGUGGCCCCAGCCCGGCACAGGGCACCCCCUGCACUCUGCUCUGUCCUUCUUCUGCCUUAUUUCCUUUUCUACUGAAGAGAUGCUUUACUGAAGAGAUGCUUUAUCUGCCCCCCCGCCCCAGCACAAGUGCCCGGGGCUGCUGGAGGGGCUGGCACUAGCCCCACUCGGGGUGGGGUGUGGGAUGCUCCUGCCUGCCCCGGGGCCAUCCCCUGCCCCAAUCCGAGGGGUUUCCCGGGAGCUUGCUCAUCACCACCCCACCCGGCCGGCUCCGGGAGCGCCAGUGGGACUGGGGGCUGCGGGGGAUCGUGGAUAACGUGACGACGAACAGGGGCACGGCAGGGAUACAGCCACGAAGAGCUGCUGAGGAGGGGGGCGAGAGCCGGGGCAAGCACGGGCUGGUGGCACCCAGGCUGGGCUUACAGUAUCCAGGCUGGGCUUACAGCAUCCAGGCUGGGUUUAUGGCACCCAGGCUGGGCUUACAGUAUCCAGGCUGGGCUUACAGCAUCCAGGCUAGGCUUAUGGCACCCAGGCUGGGCUUGUGGUACCCGGGCUGGGCUCAUAUUGUCCAGGCUGGGCUCACAGCUCACCCUCACCCCGCGGUCUUCUAGCAGCUAUUGAAGUUCAGAGAGACAUCUCUGGGGGAAGGUGGCACUCACACCGUGUCCCCAGCCGUGUCUGGCAGCACUGGGCUGUCUCCAG